UCCAGUGUGUGAAGAGAAAGGAUAAACAGACUUCAUAAAUUCUGUAUUUUCUGGAAGGAGUUUACAAUUUGACGGUGCAUUUCUGAGGAUUUAUAUAGCUCGGUUUGCUUGGAAGCAACAUGCCUGAGGAAAGUGUGAAAGUCGCUGUGCGAGUGCGGCCUUUUAAUGGCCGCGAAUCUGCUCGUGGUGCGCAGCUGAUUAUCGGAAUGAAUGGCACCACCACAACAAUCCAGAAUCCAGCGGCCGUCGACGAGGAACCGAAAAAGUUUGACUUUGAUUAUAGCUACUGGUCACAUGAUGGCUUUGAGAAUAAGAAUGAACUUUUGGUCCCGACUUCUCCAAAGUACGAUGAUCAGAAUAAGGUAUUUAAAGAUCUUGGAGUGGGCAUCUUACAAAAUGCUUGGGAUGGGUACAAUUCAUGCCUCUUCGCUUACGGACAAACCGGUUCAGGGAAGUCUUACUCCAUCGUUGGCUAUGGGCCAAAUAAAGGUGUUGUGCCGAUGUUCUGUGACAGACUCUUUGUGGAGAUAAAUGAAAAGAGAUCCUGCGGGACCAAGGCGGAGUAUGAGGUCAUGUUUAGUAUGCUGGAGAUCUAUAACGAACAGGUGCGCGAUCUCCUGAACCCGGCGGGUAACAAGAAAGGAGGGCUCCGGGUUAGAGAGCAUCCAAAGAAGGGAUUCUACGUUGAACAACUUCGUAAUGUGGCCGUGGAGAGCUAUCAACACAUUGAAGAUCGCAUGGACGAAGGAACGCGCAACCGUACGGUGGCAGCAACACAGAUGAACGCCACGAGUAGUCGUGCCCACACCAUCGUCGGGAUUACAUUCACCCAGAAAUCUGUCAACGAUGCCGGUCAAGAGAUGGCAAAGGUCGCAGUGGUGAACCUUGUAGACUUGGCUGGAAGUGAACGCGCUGAGUCCACUGGGGCUACCGGUGACCGUUUAAAGGAAGGAGCGGCCAUCAACCAAUCUCUGUCCUCGCUCGGUAACGUCAUCUCUGCAUUGGCUGACCGAUCCAAGGGCAAGAAGGUCAAAGUUCCAUUCCGUGACUCUGUGCUGACCAAGCUCCUAAAGAAUGCCUUGGGUGGUAACAGUAAGACCAUCAUGAUCGCUGCCCUCAGUCCAGCUGAUAUUAACUAUGAAGAGACACUCUCAACACUGAGAUAUGCUGACCGUGCCAAACAGAUCAAGACAUCUGCCGUGGUCAACGAAGAUCCGACUGAGAAACUCAUCCGAGAGUUGAAAGAGGAGAAUGCUCGAUUGAUGGACGCCAUCAAGAAGGGAGGCUUAGUCAUGGUAGGGGAUGAUGAUGACAGGAAGGAAGGGGUCACUGAUGAAGAGCGUGCUGCUAUCAGGAAGGAGCUCGAAGAGGAAAUGCAAGCUCGUCUAGAAGCCACAGAACGAGAGCUUGGGUACAUGAAAGAAAGCUGGGAGGAGAAGUUGAGCAAAGAGAAGGGUGGUGAGGAUGAUGGUGAGCGAGCCAAGAAAGAAGCCAAGAAGACCACGCCCCAUCUUUACAAUCUGAACCAGGACACUCAGCUGAGUGGAAUGAUAGUCUUUCUACUCAAUCCGGGGAGCUAUAAAGUAGGAAACAACAAGGCCGAGUCUGCUCCUGAGAUCUUGCUGAAUGGAUUGAGCAUCCAGAAGGAGCACGCUGUUGUAGUGAACGAAAACGGAAAGGUGUUUUUGGAGAAGGCCAGCUCUGAUGCUAAGCUAUUGGUGAAUGGAGACACAGUCAUUGGCAAGAUUGAGCUUGACCAUAACGACAGGAUUAUGUUUGGCAGUAACCACUUGUACGUAUUCCAACAUCCAGCUAUGUACAAAGCUAAGCCGACUAACUAUGUGGGUGUGGUCACUUAUGACUCCGCCCAAGAGGAGAUUGCUAAGAAGAACGGCUUUGAUAUGACCUCCAAUAAAAGCAAAGAUGAUCUUUUACUCCAAGAGGACCUAGUUGAGUUGAUUCCAGCUGUUGAGGAGGCCAAUGCGAUCAGUGAAGAGCUCGACCAGAAAUGCAAGUUUGAGAUCGUCGUCAUGUCGGCCAAAGCACGCGGCUUAGCCCACGGUCGCACGGAGGUGUGUGCCAAGCUCCGUAAUCUGGAGAAGGAUCUUGAAUACAUCUGGUCCAGGGAUAAGUUCGUAAGGCGUAAAUACCUGAUGCAGGAGAUGUACCAGAACUACACAGAGGGAGAAGAAUGGACCCUGCCUGAUGAGAAGAAUCCAUUUACUGAGCCCAUUGACAAGGAAGUAUUGGUCGGUACAGUCAACGUUUACAUGCAGAGUCUAGCUUACCUGAUUGAAUCCAAGGAGCAGCUUGAUAUCACAGAUUACCGCGGCAAGGAACAGGGCCUCCUAGAUGUGGAGCUCGUUCCGUGUGACAAGAAAGGAAACGAGAUUAAAGAGGACGAUGAUCUCUUCAUUGAUCAUCCCAACGAGCUGGUGGGAAGAGAUUUGAAUUUUGUGGUGAAGAUUAACGGCGCUCUGGGGAUCCCAAGUAGAUACACUAGCGUUCAUUGCAAGUAUAAUGUAUUUUUGGACACGGAGAUGAUCGACACCAGCCAAAUCCAGGGUACCAGCAAUCCUAACUUUAAACACAAGAAGAAAUUCAACUUUACAGUCGUCACAUCCAAUUUGGUGCAAUAUCUGCUGCAUGAUCACUUGGUAAUCCAGAUCUGGGGAACACAGAAAGCGUCUCAAGAUGGCAAGAAAACCAAGAAGAAUACCAAAGAGAUCAUGCAGGCUGAAGCGAUUAACAAGGCACGGGAUGUCAACGGCUCUGGUGUGAAUCUGACUCUAGAUGCAGAGACGAAAGCCAAAAACAUGUUCCAGUUCGCCAUCAUGAAGAAAAGGCAAGAGAGAAUGGAAGCCAAAAUUGCUCAGUUCCGUAAGGUAGUUGCCACCGCUGAGAAGCACAAUAAGGCUCGAGUGGAGACUAUGGUCUUGAAGACGGUGCUCAAUGCACAGAACGCCAAGAUGGCCGAUAUGGCAAUCGCUCGCAUCCCGAAAGAUGAUGCCGGAGGAAAUCUAGGAGAAGAGACUCAGAAAUCUGGAGUUUGUGUCGUCAUGUGAGCUGUGCUUUCCUUUACAAGGAGCUCUCAUUCACAGAAUAUGUCUUUCAGUAAUAAAUAUAUGUAUAUAUUACAUGCACUAUAAGUCAGAGUUGUUGAAAAUGAGUUAGUUAAACGAGUGGGAGGUGAUCAAGUUUGAAGGGGGGGGGAGGAUGGGCAGCAGUGUUUUCAGCAGCAGGUGUUCUCCUGACUAGAAAAUGAACACAGCAAUAAAAUGUAAAGAUUCAAAGGGGCUUGUCGCUAUGAUGAAAGCGGGCAUGUGGCUAACUAUGGAAUUGUGACAUAAUUUAUUGCAAUGCGCUCUCCAUAGAUAUAAUAUGAAGAGAGGGCGUGCUAGUGUAGUAACUGGGUGAUAUAUCAGAAUUCCAUGUACAGCCAUAAGCCCUGUUUGAUCAUGACAACACAGCCCCUUUAUAAGUGUAGAAGAUUGGUCAUCCCAUUUAAUCACAAGUGCCUAUUGUGAGAUGCUUCCUUAAAGGAACAUUACAGAAUUGGUUUUACUAGCAACAAAGUUGCUGGCAGUUUAAGCACUUUAUG